AUGUCCCCACGCAGCGCCGGACUUCGACACCGUAGGCAUGAUCCUGGCGAAGAGGGAAGUCGGUCCGCCAAGCACCUGCCCGACUUCGACACCGUAAGCAUGAUCCUGGCAAAGAGCAGUCUGCGGCCAGCCUGGCUGGACUCCGUGCGGCCGGACGGCUCCCUGUUCUAUCUGGAGCCCUGCCGAGACGGCCCCGGAAGCACCGGCGGUCUGCCUGCUCUUGUCAGGCCUACAGAACUGAAAAGAAGGGUCCGCUUCUCCAACUCAUCAAACGGCAAUAGCGACCCUAGCGGGAGAGGCAGGGACUGCAGCAGAGCAAAGCUGAGGUGGUGGUCGUUCCACCAUCGUAACCGGGAUAGGAAGACACAAGUUUAA